AGGGUGACCGCAUUCAUGCUGUUGUGAAAAGGCCAUUCAUGCAUUUGUAUAAAAACAAACUGCAUGCAAACAAGUGUUUCAGAAUCAAGAACUUCUUAGUUUUUGAUAACUACUUCAACUACAAAACUACUGAACACCCUUAUGUUUUAGAGUUUUUUAAAAAAACUACGGUCUAUGAUUUGCAUUCAGCAACUUUUCCAAACUUAGUGUUCAAUUUCCAUCAAUUUGACGCGCUGCAGAGUCUAAGAGUCAUCAACGACAAAUUGCUUAUCGAUGUAAUUGGUAAGUAUGUCGGGAAGACUCCAGUACAAACACCAAUCGUUAACGGGAAACCAGAAAAGCUGAUUGAACUAACUUUGGAAGAUCCAGAUGGAAAUCGUAUUGGAUGCACAUUGUGGAACAACUACUGCAAACAGUUCACUGAUUUUUAUGAUGCUCAUAACAAUGAAGCCAUCUACAUCAUACUACAAAUGGGUAGACCCAGACGCUAUCAAGGUUAUGUCUUGGUUGGAACAUCUUAUGAUGUUUCCAAGUUGAUAAUAAAUGGUUCUACCCCAGAGUUUGAAGAUUUCAAAUCGCAGUUUGGACCACAUGACGACAAUACAACAAUGACUACCUUCACUGCAAAUUCAGUUGGUCAGGGUAGUGAGGACGUUUUUAGGGGAAAGGGUACUAUCACAAACAUCAGUGAUUUGCUAGAGGAACCACAUGAUGAAACCUAUUGGCUACUUGGUGAUAUUGUAUCACUAGACAACUAUAAGGAAUGGUGCUACCUUAGCUGCCCAACAUGCAACAAGAAAAUCAAGCCGGGAGAUGAAAGGUUCAGAUGCAUCACAUGUGACACGACUAUUCCCGAGGGAGUGUUGAGGUACAAAGUUUCAGUUUGUGUCAUGGAUGACUCAGGUCACGCUACGUUCACCUUAUGGGAUAGGGAAUGUAUUGAUAUUGUGGGGAAAACAGCAGCAGCAUUAAGAAAGGAAGUUGAAAAGAAAACUGGAGACCCUACCCACUUCCCAGAGGACAUUGAGGCUUUGAUUGAUCAAAGAGGCAUCUUCAAAAUUCAAAUAAAAGCAAGAGACGAAAGUUCUUCUUACAAAGGUCCAGUUUCGUAUGGGAUACUUGCAAUGAUAAGAGACAUAUCUAUCUUGGACCUCUAUACCAAAAAUGAAAGCCAUGCACUUGAAAUGGAUGAAAACACAAAUGUAGAGAAGAGUGGAUCAACAAGAAACGAGAUAGAAGAUGGUACUGCUAGCAGUAAAUCAAAACAGAAGACUGUUCUAAUUGAAGAUGACGAUUUCGUGUCGCCUACACAAGUUGAAAACAAAGAUGACAGAAGGGCGGCUGAAAAGGGUAAGGAAGUGGAUUGCCUAGAAACUCCAACAGCUAAUCGGACAGUUGGUGGUAUUGAAGGGAACGAUCAACUUAAGAGAAAUCUGAAUGACCAGUUUUCGGCCAAUGUUAACAUCAAACGGAGAAGUAUCCGCGUCAAGCAAGAGAAGGAAUAAUGGUGAAGAUAGACCAGCAGGCUCAGCUACAUUUUGCUUGAAAAAGGAGUGGAUUGAUGAUUUGUUGAAUAUUUUGUUUGGGCACUUACAUAUUUAUUUAAAACUGUGCCUUACUUUUUUGCUAAA